ACGUAUAAAAACAAAUUUAGGUUUGUAAGUAGGGCUGAACUCAUUUAUUAUAGGAUCAAUUCUUGUUUCAGAAUAUUUAUUUAUCAAAAUCUUUAGUUCUGAGAUUUGAUUGAGUUUGAGAAAACAAUGAAUAAUAAUAAUAUGGAAGAAGAGCAAAGAGCAAGGCUUUUACCAAAACCUGUUUCAUCAUCAAUCAGUGAACAAGUGAACACAACCCAUUUGAGAAAAGACCUGAACGAGGAUGAUCAUGAUAUUGUUUCUGAAGUGAAGCAGCAGCUUCAAUUGGCAGGUCCCUUGAUAUGUGUUAAUGUCUUAACAUAUUGUUUACAGGUUAUUUCAGUCAUGUUUGUGGGUCAUCUUGGGGAAUUAUCAUUAGCUGGAGCUUCUAUGGCCACUUCUUUUGCUUCAGUAACUGGUUUCAGCUUGUUGAUUGGAAUGGGGAGUGCCUUGGAAACUUUCUGUGGGCAGUCUUAUGGAGCAAAACAAUAUCACAUGCUUGGUAUUCACAUGCAGAGAGGAAUGAUUGUUCUUCUAGUUGUUAGCAUUCCUUUGGCUGUUAUAUGGUUCAAUGCAGGCCAAAUCCUUUUGUUUUUGGGUCAAGAUCCAGAGAUAUCUGCAGAGGCUGGUCGCUAUGCUCGGUUCAUGAUACCGAGCAUUUUCGCUUAUGCUGUUACUCAAUGCCACACCAAGUUCUUGCAAACACAAAACAAUGUGGUUCCAAUGAUGAUUACUGCUGGAAUCACAACAUUACUACACUUGUUCAUAUGUUGGUUUAUGGUGUUUAAAUCAGGUCUUGGAAAUAGAGGUGCAGCCAUGGCAAAUGCAAUCUCUUAUUGGAUUAAUGCCUUGUCAUUAGUACUAUAUGUUAGAAUCUCUCCUUUAUGUAAACAUACAUGGACUGGUUUCUCUAUGGAAGCUUUUCAUGGAAUCCCCAAGUUUCUUAAACUUUCCAUUCCGUCAGCUGUAAUGUUAACGUUGGAAAUCUGGUCUUUCGAAAUGAUGGUUUUGUUAUCUGGCUUUCUUCCGAAUCCAAAACUUGAAACGUCAGUCUUGUCAAUCAGCCUUAACACAUGUGCAUUGGUGUAUAUGGUACCUCUUGGACUCAGUGGAGUUAUUAGCACAAGAAUUUCAAAUGAAUUGGGUGCUGGGAGGCCUCAAAUAGCUCGUUUAGCAUUAUGUGUUGCACUUUGCAUGGUUGUUGCAGAAGGCACCUUAGUCGGUGCUGUCUUGAUAUUAGGCCGCCGAAUCUGGGGCUAUUGUUACAGUGGAGAAGAAGAAGUUGUUAAAUAUGUUGGACAAAUGAUGAUUUUGAUCUCAAUUUCUCAAUUCUUCGAUGGAAUUCAAUCCGUACUCUCAGGCAGUGUUAGAGGCUCAGGGAGGCAAAAGAUUGGUGCUUUUGCAAAUUUGGCAGCUUAUUAUCUUAUGGGCAUACCUGUAGCCUUACUUCUAGCCUUUGUAUUUCACAUUGGUGGAAAGGGGCUUUGGAUAGGAAUCAUAGUGGCCUUAAUCAUGCAAGCAUUGUGUCUUGCUCUUAUAACAAUAUGCACUGAUUGGGAAAAAGAGGUAAAUCAAACCUUUUUGAAAAUUAAGAUUCCAUCAUUAUGUGAAACACCAUCUUAUUAUCUUAGAUGCUCUAAUACAAUAUUUGUCUGAUUUUUCAGGUGAAUAAUGCUUCAGAUAGAGUACAUGGCACAAAAGUUGCUAUUAAUGAUGAAUUAUCAUGAUGCUUCUCCAAACAUGUAAUUAUGCUAAAAACAUUGGAUUGAUUUGGAUAUCAAAUAGGGUAUAAUAAUUCUUUUGAAAUAGUAUCAAAAUUACUCUUUUAUUAUA